AUUUAUAUUUAUUAUUGCAUUUAGUUUAUGAUAAAAUCAUUGUCCAAUUUAUGUUCAAACUCAAUAGUCAGUCAACCAUACAUGAAAGCUGAUGAAUACAGUGAAAUAAAACAACGUUACUGCACACCAAGCUGCCUUGUUGGAAACUGCCUAUCCAAGAUUUCACAAGGUCAGGCUCAUUGUCUAGUAGUAUUAUGUAGCCAUCAUCAUCUCUGGUGUCCUCCCCUUCCUUUACCUUCUGUUUUACCAUCAUGGAAUACUGUUUUCUCUUGAUGUGGCCAACCUAUUAGAGUUUCUCAUAGGGCACAGCGGAUGUCCAGGUAUCUCCAUUUCCUUAUGGAUUUGCUGUAGUUUAUUAUGGUCCACACUGUUGAGGGCUUUAGAGUGGUCAAUAAAACACAGAUAAAUACUUUUCUGGAAGUCUCUCAAUUUCUCCAUUAUCCAGCGUAGGUUAGCAAUAUGCUCUCUGGUGCCUCUGCCUCUUCUAAAACCAGCUUGUACAUCUGGCAGUUCAGGUUCCAUAUAUUGCUGGAGCAUUGCUUGCACAAUCUUUAGAAUUAUCUUUCUAGCUUGUGAAAAUGUUCAGUAAUUUGAACAAUCCUUUAUAGUUCCCUUCUUGGGUAUGGGGAUAAAAACACAUCUUAAUCCAGCAUAAAGGUCAUUGUUGUUUCUAAUUUUUUCCCAGAUCUUCUGGGAAAUUGUAUGCAACACAUUUACAGCAUCAUCUUUUAGAGUUUUAAACAAUUCAACCGGAGUCCUGUCACAUCCUGCAGCCUUAUUAUUGGCAAUGAUUUCUAUGGCCCAUUCGACUUCACUUUCCAGAAUGCCUGGCUCUAGAUCGAUAAGGGAGUCAUUGCAGGUGUCUUCGCUGUUGGAUCUUUCUGCAAUUCUUCUGUGUGUUCCUGCCAACUCCCUUUGAUGUCCUUUGCUUCUGUAAGGUCCUUCCCUUCUUUGUCUUUUCCUAUGCUCAUUUUACAUGAAAUGUUCCUUUGAUCUCCCUAACAUUUAGCAAAAGUUCUCUUGUGUUUCUUUUUCCAAUUCUGUUGGCUUCUUCAGCUUCAGUGCAUCGCUCCUUUAAGAAAGUUUCCUUAUAUUUCCUUGCUAUCAUCUUGAACUCUGUGUUCAGUUGGAGGUCUUUGUUUCAAUCUCCAUUUGCUCCCUGAAAUGUAGGAGAGUGAGCAGUGACCUUACAAACAUUGUUUAAAUUAUGAAGGGCGGAGUAACUGACUCACUCCUUUAUUUGUGUAAUUCAGGUCACUGCCAGCAGGUGGAGCUUUCUGCCACCCAGACGGCAGACAAGAAGACGACAAUCAACCAACGUCAGUCAGAGUCAGAAUGGACACAAAUCUGAACUCCGCCAUCUCCGCCUUCCUGUCAAAUUGUGACGAUCACCAACUGUUUUGGUUGACGAGAUUCUACAUGGAGCGCCUGGAGCAGGCGAUUGAGGAGGGCGUGGAGGGAGUCAGCUUCAUGUUAAUGGGCGAGGAUCACUUCACCGGGCAGGAGUAUCACAGCGUGACUGAGCUCGCGGAGAAGGGAAACCGACCGGGCGCUUCCAAACUCCUCCUGGAUCUGGUGAUGGAGAAGGGCUCCGGGGCCCGGAAAGUGAUGUGGGAAUCCUUUGUGAAACUGCACCACCAUUUACCGAAGCUGAGCAGAAUAUUGAAUGAAAUACGGGAGCGAGGUGACGGCCAGUUCGCCUACAUGGACACUGAGCGGGAUUUCUCUGAAGUGCCCAAACAUCUGAAAGAUGUCCGAAGGAAACACAUGGAGACUCUGCGGGCACAAACUGAAACACUGAGAGUGAACACGAUCCUGAUGAGGGAGAAGGUGAAGGUUUUCCAGCUGGUUGAUCGAUACGCUGAGCUCACGGUCAUUUCUACUGUUCGAGAUCGGACACUGGUGGAACAUGAGCUGCUGGCAAGAGGCAGAGACCACGAGGAGUGGAGAGAAAAAGAUCUCCGUGGUAAGCUGGAAAAAAUCCGGACUGAUCAGUUAUUCAAGAAGAGCUUUGUUCAAAAAUUGAAAAGAUCUAUCUUUAGAAACAAAUCAGGGAUGUCCGCAGCAGUGGCCGGAGUCCCAGGGAUCGGGAAAACAACAAUGGUACAAAAGAUUGUUUACGACUGGGCCGAGAGGAAGAUAUACCAACAAUUCCAGUUUGUCUUCAGUUUCAAAUUCCGGGAUUUAAACACCAUUAACUGCAGAAUAAACCUGAAGGAACUGAUUCUGCUUCAUUAUCCCUACUUUGGGAAUAUCCUGAGAGAGGUCUGCAAACACACAGAGGGACUGCUGUUCAUAUUCGACGGAUUGGAUGAAUUCAAGGACAAAAUCAACUUUGUUGAUGGUCGGACAGACACAGAAUCACAGUGCACAGAUCCUGAAUUCAAGUGCAAGGUGUCUGACAUUGUGUACAGUUUAAUCCAGGGCAAUCUGCUCCCAGGGUGUUCAGUGCUGGUGACCACCCGUCCCACUGCGUUACAUUUAUUGGAAAAGGCGGAUAUCAGUGUCUGGGCUGAAAUCCUGGGAUUUGUUGGUGAGGAACGGAAGGAAUAUUUCAUCAGGUAUUUUGAAGAUCAGACGGUGGCAGAAGCAGUUUUCAAACACGUGGAGGAGAAUGAGAUCCUGUACACCAUGAGCUACAACCCCUCCUACUGCUGGAUCCUCGCUCUGGCACUGGGCCCCUUCUUCACACAAAGAGUCAGGGACCCGCAGCGAGUUCCCAAGACCAUCACCCAACUGUACUCCUACUAUAUUUACAACAUCCUGAAAAACCACGGCCGUGAGAUUGAGAACCCCCGUGAUGUGUUACUCAGGGUUGGUCAGAUGGCCUUCAGAGGAGUGUCUGAGAAGAAGAUUGUGUUUACAAGUGGAGAUUUGAUCAACUACAACCUGCAGCCUUCCCAGUUCCUGUCCGGUUUCCUGAUGGAGCUUUUGGAGAGAGAGGAUUCUGCCCGGAGAGUGGUGUACACAUUCCCACACCUCACCAUCCAAGAGUUUGUAGCUGCAGUCGCACAAUUCCUGAAUCCAAAUUCCGGGAAUAUCCUGAAAUUCCUUACAAAAGUCCACAACACAACAGAUGGGCGAUUUGAGGUAUUUCUCCGUUUUGUUGCUGGUCUCUCCUCCCCAAUGACAGCUCGGGGCCUGGAGGAGUUUCUGGGUCCAUUUCCUCAUCAAACAACCUGCCGGGUGAUUGACUGGGUGAAGGAGGAGGUUAAACGCCAGAGUAGAAACACGAGGAGUGAUGCUGGUAAAAGGAGCCUCCUGAACACAUUGCACUACCUGUUUGAGUCUCAGAAUCGUGGACUGGCUCAGGCCGCACUGGGAUCUGUGGAAACACUUUCAUUCAGGGGAAUGAUACUGACCCCGAUUGACUGCGCUGUCCUGUCUCAUGUCAUCGGACUCUGCGACACAGUAAAAAACCUCGACCUGGGGAACUGCCACAUUCAGUGUGAAGGAAUCCAGCGGCUGGGACCCGGGCUGCACAAGUGCCAGGAGUUGAGACUUGGGCAAAAUGAACUGGGAGAUUCAGGAGUGAAACUGGUGUCUGCAGCUCUGAGGAACCCGGAGUGUAAAAUACAGAAAGUGUGGUAAGUACCAGACUGUGGGAGAUUGUGUUUACAGUCACUGGGUGUCUGACACUGAACAUUAAUGUGAUCAGCAGAAACAUAGAAAACAUACAGAACAAUACAGGCCCUUCGGCCCACAAAGCUGUGCUGAACAUGUUUCUACCUUAGAAUUACCUCGGUUUUACCCAUAGCCCUCUAUAUUUCUAAGCUCCAUGUAGCCAUCCUGGAGUUUAAAGUUUUCGCCUCCAGCAGCCCAUUCUUAAAACUAUGCCCUCUCGUGCUAGCCAUUUCAGCCCUGGGGAGAAGACUCUGACGAACCACACGAUCAAUGCCUCUCAUUAUCUUGUACACCUCUAUCAAAUCACCUCUCAUCCUCCGUCACUCCAAGAGAAAAGGCCGAGUUCACUCAACCUGCUCCCCAAUCCAGGCAACAUCCCUGUAAAUCUCCUCUGCACCCUGUCUGUGGUUUCCACAUUUCACAUCCUCCUCCUCGGAGAUUGCUACCCAUUCCUCUUCUACCUGUGGGAUCUUUCUUCCACAUCCCCCUUCCUCCUGUGGGAUCUUUCUUCCACAUCCCCCUUCCUCCUGUGGGAUCUCUCUUCCCCAUCCCCCUUCCUCCUGUGGGAUCUCUCUUCCCCAUCCCCCUUCCUCCUGUGGGGUCUCUCCUCCUCGUCCCCCUUCCUCCUGGGGGGGUCUCUCCUCCCCGUCCCCCUUCCUCCUGUGGGAUCUCUCCUCCCCACCCCAUUCCUCCUGUGGGAUCUCUCUUCCUCAUCCCCCUUCCUCCUGUGGGAUCGCUCCUCCCCGUCCCCCUUCCUUAUGUGGGAUCUCCACUUACCGUCCCCCUUCCUCCUG